AUUACGUAUGACGUGGUAAAUAUAACGCAUGCGCAAUAUGGUCAAAUAAGUAGGGCUUAAUUGUGCUGUCACAGUAUUUUUACGUGUACAGUAGUACCUAGUCUAAAAUUCCUGUAAUCUAAUACUUGCAUAUUUAGAUAUAGUAAACCAUUCUGAACAUUGUUAUUUAAGCUGAGACCUCAAAUAAGAGUCAUACUUUUUCUGGGAUGAACUCCGGGCUAACUGUGAUCCUAUACAGAUAGAUGCAUGUUUAGUACCUUAAAUUGAGUCCAUGUCUGAGGUAAUGGUGUGACUAAAAAAGCAGGGCCCUCGUCAUUUCCACCAUUUACAGUUGAAGUGUAAUUUGCGUCUCCUCCAACGUAGGUGCAGAGCUGCAGCCAGAGGCCUCAUCAGAUGACAAAUAGCACAGCGGGAGCGUUGACUCUGCCCCCCACCCCCCCCUGUUAUGCACUUUAGCCUUUGUGAAGUGUGUGGGUGUUUCGUGGAAGUUCAGUGUCAGAGAGGGAUUGAUGCGUAUUAACUGAUGAGUUGUUCACUGGUGCUCUAGUAACAAGUCGAGCGGCUCUUGAAUGGGAGGAAAAUGUUUAGAAACAGACAGUGGGAGCUGGAACAUUGUCUGGAAAGUAUUAGUAUUAAACAAGGUUUAAUCCUGCUUCGUAUCAAUAUCUUCUUAAAACCAUUAAUUUUAUCUUUUCAAUUUGUCAUGGAUGCAACAACGAUGUGAGUAAAAACAAAGCUUAGGAUUGACCAUAUUUAAGGUUUUAAAUGAAAGAAAGAAAAAGGAAUAUUCUGGCUUAGCAAUAACCCAAACUCAAUGUUCUAGAAUAGGGGUCCCUAACUAGGGCGGGUCAAAUUCCACCAGUAACAUAAAGCCAUUGGGUCUAAUAAAAUUUUUCAUUCAGGAGGGAAUUGAUCGUGUGAUCUGGAUCCAGUUGUACGCGCCUCUGUCAGCCGGUGACCACAGUUCCACAGUAUAUAAAAUGAAAGACACUGUCUGCCAGAUUGUGAGUAGCAGAGCAGAACAGUACUGAUUUUUGUGUACUGGAGUGACGCCUUAAUGGACCUGCGGGUGCGUUACAGGGCUGAGCAGCUGUGAAACGGCACAGAUCUGAGUGAUAGAUGUAUCCAUGUGCCCGGAUAAAUGCAAUGGGAGUGACUUGAAGGAGCGAGAAAAGGGGCAUUCUGUAAGGACAGACAAUUACAACCCUGCGGCUCAGACUAAUCCAGCACCGCAGGCUGCGGCUGCUUUGUGGCGUUUCAAAGUAAAUAAAGAUGGAAUUCAAGGGCUGGAACUUUUUCCUAUCAAUUCUGCUCUUGUCUGAAGGUCUACCUUGGUGCCAUUUGAGUAGGCUCUCCGUGACUGAGAGGAAGCAGCUGAAUACUCACCUGUCCUUGUUUUUUAAACCUAACACUAUGAGAGUGCAGUGGGCCUUUUUCACUGGAUUAUAUUGAUGAUCUGUGUCCCUUGCUCUGAUCAAGGUGCAUUUUGUUCCCUCUUUCUGCUGCUCUGGGCUGUGUGAGCAGUGCUUCUCAGUGUGCAUGCACAGGAGGAGGAUGAUGAGGCAAAGCCGUCGGCUGAGACAUGGACUGGGAAACCCUGCAGACAUGACUGCAAGAUGAGCUCCACUACGGAGUUUCCUACCUUUACCUCUCCAUCCACCACCCACCCUAUCUUCAGCUCACCCCAGAGCAGCCUGUUUGACUGCAUGCCAGAGUGCCCUUAUCACAAACCAUUGGGCUUUGAGGCUGGAUCUGUGACGUCUGACCAGAUCAGUUGCUCCAAUGAGGAUCAGUACACUGGGUGGUACUCCUCCUGGCUGCCCAGCAAGGCAUGUCUCAACAACCAAGGCUUCGGGUGUGCCUGGCUCUCCAAGUUCCAGGACAGCAGUCAGUGGCUGCAGAUUGACCUGAAAGAGGUGAAUGUGGUGUCGGGCAUCCUGACCCAGGGCCGCUGUGACGCAGAUGAGUGGGUGACCAAGUACAGCCUCCAGUACCGCAGCGACAAGAACCUCAACUGGAUCUACUACAAGGACCAGACAGGAAACAACAGGGUGUUUUACGGAAACUCGGACCGGUCGUCUUCUGUCCAGAACCUGCUGCGGCCGCCCAUCGUGGCGCGCUAUGUCAGGCUGCUGCCGCUGGGCUGGCACACGCGCAUUGCCUUGCGCAUGGAGCUGCUCCUGUGCAUUAACAAGUGUGGCUGAGACUCCGCCCACCCUGCAAACUCCGCCCACCCUGCAAAACAACCCCGCCCACCAUGCAAAACCCCACCCACUCUCCAAAACCCCACCUUCCUUAACAGAAGUCGCACGCUCGCUGAAGUGGAACGCGCGAGCCCGUAGGAGAGACAAACAGCACCCUAUAACAAUGCCCCAAUUCUUUUCCAAAUUACUUAUUAUUGUUGAAUAGUUGAAAGAAAACCAUUUUGGUAAUUAGGAAACAAUGUGGUCCACUAAGAUUGUCAUUAUGCUCUUUAUAAAGAAAGGGAUUUUCUUCACGGAGAUAAAAGAAGUAAAAAUGGAAGUAAACUGAUCCCAGGAGGUUGACAUGGUGAUAAGAUAAUAGUUUUUUGUUGUAUUACAUAAAACUCUGCUGUAUUAUGUUCCAGUGCGGCAGAGUCCAUCCUGGGUCCCACUCUGCAGUCAGUAUGUAUUUCUACUUGCUCAGAAGUUUCCACUGUAUCCUUAGGUUUACUAAAAUAAAAAAAAGAAAUUCUCAGU